CUUCUUAUAAAUAUCUUCACGACUUCACUCUUUAACAAGAUCACACCAAUCACAUCAUCACCACUAACACUUUUCAAAAUGAAGAGACCGAGAGAGGAGAUGAAGGAAGAGGAGAAGGACUCAUCAUUGGCUACCGCAGCCAUGGCGGUUGCGGUGGCAGCCGCAGUGGCUGAGGAGGAGAAAUUGUGGUGCAGUGGAGUAGUCGAGGAGAUGACGUGGAGCAACGUAUGGUUACCUUUUUGGGACGUUGAGUUUGUUGGAAGAAACUACAGUUUAUUGUUCAGCGACGUUGCUUGGGACGAUGAUAUUUGGAACCUCAAGAAUCUAACUCAUUCCUCAUAGUCCACUUCUUUAAGAAAAGAAAUAAUCGGAUUUAUAAUACCUUCUAAAUAAGUUUUCCUUAUAUGGGGUUGAUCUGAAAGUAAUUAUCUAGAUUUAAGAAUUAGUCUGUUUUAAAAACGAACCAGAAGGGAAAAAGACCCCAAUGGGGAGAUUGCCGAUUUUAUAAAUAAAAAGGUGUUUAUUUUAUAAAUAAAAAGGUGUUAUACAUAUAUAUACGCUGUCCUUAUUGUAUUGUUAAAUUGUUUGUUGCGUAAUUCAUGCUUGUUUCAAGA